AUGAUAUGUCUACCGGGCAUUGCCAAAGUGUCGACUUAUCAACUUCAAAAUGUGCAAUUUGUGAAGAGAAGUACAAAUUUGAUGAUAACAAAAAAAUGUGUAUCAAUGGAAACGACUCUAUGCUCAUAUUCAUCAUCGGGCGAUUGCCUUCAAUGUGAUUCACAAAUCUCACUUGGAACGUCCAAUGAAGGUGAAUCAAUUUGUAACACUGAAAUAAAGACAAUUUAUUGCAAAGAAAAUAGCAACACGGGGUGUGCCAAGUGCUCUGAUGGGUAUUAUCUUAGUGGUACUGAAUGUCUUCCAUGUGACAAGAAGUGCUCAAGUUGUUUUAAAAACGCAGAGAGUUGUUUUACUUGUGCUUUUGGGUAUUAUUUUGACACGACAAACAACGACUGUAUUUAUGUUGGUGAACUUGCUGAAAAGUGCAAAUUGUUCUUACCAAGUGGUGUCGAUUGUGCUGCAUGCAACGAGGGCUAUAUCCUCAUCAAUACAGAUUGUGUAAAAUGUGACGAAAAGUGUCUGAGUUGUGUUGGAAACAUUUCGAAUUGUGUGAAGUGCAAUGUAAAAGGUGGGUAUUUCGAAGAUGUCGAAUUUACAACAAUAGAAGAUAAGAAAUGUGUCACAAUAACAACACUUGAAAAUUGUGAAUGGGUUUCAGAAUAUGGGUGUGCUGUGUGUUACGAUGGGUAUAUUCAAAACAAAUAUUACAAAUGCACAAAAUGCAAUGACUUAUGUGCGACAUGUUCAAACAAUAACACAUGUUCGACAUGUGUAGAUCAAUCCGUUUUGAUAUCAAAAACGUCGCAAUGUGUCAAAUGGAAUUCGAUUGCAAAUUGUAAGUCAUAUGAUUUUAAAACCCACCAAUGCAGUGAAUGUGGUGGAAGCAACAAAGUUGGACCAAAUGGAGACGAGUGUGUCCACAAGACAAAUGUACUCUCAAUUAUACUUCCAAUCAUCUUUUGUAUUUUAAUAGUUGUUAUUAUCAUCAUAACAAUAAGUUGUAUACUUUUCUACAUUCAUUACAGGAAAGAAGAGAAGUUGAGGAAGUCACUUGUGAAUGAAUUUCUGUUAAAGGAUUUGAAAAAGAAAGGGGUUGAGAUGGUUUAUCUUGGUACUCAAAAAGAACGCAUUUUGUGUUUAACACAAGAAAUACAUUUUGAAGGCGAAAUUGCAGUUCAAAAAGACAGUGACUGUAAAUUCAUGAUUGGCAACGACAGAGCGUCUUUAUUGAAAAUUCAAUUCACAACACAAAAUGACGAAGAAAAGUUUGAGUUGAAUGUUGAACCUUCCACUCCAGUAAGUAUCAAGAAAGGUCGUGCUGUUGAAUUUACUGUUACUAUUCAUCCACUGUGUACACCUGAGAAGACUGUUGACAUCACUUGUUCAGUCUUAAACAUCAACAAAGGCAAAAUUUCAGAGAUUAAAAUUCCAGUCAAAUUUGCGUCAGAAAUGUCGACAGCACUUGACCCGGACGAGUUGAAGAAAAAGCGAAAACUUGGAGAAGGAAGUUUUGGGAUUGUGUACAAAGGAGCAUAUCGAGGAAAUGUUGUUGCCAUCAAAGAGAUGAAGGAAAUGGUUGUCGCAAAAUUAGGAGCAAAAGGGUUUACAAAGAAUUCGACUGUUGAAAGUUCAAGUCGUAAUUUGGCAAAGAACACAACAAAAAGUACGACGAAAAAUAACACGACUAACAACUCUUCGAUGACAACAAGAGACAAAACAGCUGCUGAGAAACAGAUGGAUAAGAAGAUGGACGAGUUUAGAAAGGAAGUUGCGAUGUUGGCCAAAUUUGUGAGUCCAUAUCUCAUAAGAUUCUAUGGAGCGUG